GGCCUGUGCAGCUCACCGACCGGCUAUCUCCUCUCUCUGCGGCGGAACGAACCGCGGACUGAGCCGCUGCGGGGUUUGAACCUGAUGCCGCCUCUCGUGCUUCCUCCUCCGGGCUUUGACACCGAGGUCUCCCCGCUCUGAGCCGACUGAGCGCUAUGGGUCGGUACUUCCACAGCGAGGUCCACAUCCAGAGUCCAUGGCAUCAGGUGCUGGCGGCCUUCUGGCAGCGAUACCCCAACCCCUACAGCGGUCACGUCCUGACUGAGGACGUUCUCUAUCGCGAGGUCACCCCCAGCAACCACCUGUUGUCACGGCGACUGCUGACGAAGACCAAUCGGCUGCCGGGCUGGGCGGAGCGCGUCUUCCCCGCUCACCUGUCGCGGGCCGUCUACGUCCUGGAGGACUCCAUCGUGGACCCCGACACCAACACACUGACCACCAAGACCUGGAACCUGAACCACAACACGCUGAUGACGGUGGUGGAGCGCUGCCUGUUCGAGGAGGACCGCAGUCGGCCGUCCUGGACCCGGCUGAGGAGGGAGGCCUGGAUCUGCUCGGCGGUCUACGGCUUGGCUCGGCCCAUCCAGGAGUUUGGUCUCGCCAGGUUCAAAAGCAACCAAGCUAAAGCCAUGAGGGGGCUGGAGUUUGCUCUGUCCAGGAUACAGACUGAGGUAGCUCCUCAUCUCCACGGCAACCAGGGUGUGUCAUCGGAGAAGCCCCUCCCACCACACCACAGGCCACGCCCACAUCCACCUAGAAACCUGCCUUCCAGCACCAUGGGGGGGCGGGGCAUCCCAUCAACCUUAGUUGCGAUUGGUUGGCAUGUAAAGCGAGAAUUCCUUGUGUCUGGUUGACUCGUCUGAAUAAAAGUCAUAGUUUAUUCAGUAGUUUAUUCUGUCAUUUCACAACAUUAUCACAAUUAAAGAAUAUUUAGAGUAAAAAUCAAAGUGAAGACUUUGUCGUUAUGUUUUACAAUAUUUUUAUGCAAACAGUGAUUUUAUUUUGAAGCUGCUUUUCUUUCCACGUUUUUCACUGUUGAAUUAAUUUCUGUGUUGUGAUUUCAUUUGUAGCCUCAUCAGGAAAUUAAUGGGAAUAGUUUUAUUGUUUUGGUUUGUAAUUAUCACUAAAGAACUGCUGUAAAGUUGCAUGUUUCAUAUUCUGCUGCUCAGAUUAAACUUUAAACUUACAAUUCAA